AUGACAGAGAAAAAGUGGAUAUCAAAAUAUGCUCGACCGAUUGAAUUUGUAGCUGCUGAAAAUAAACCACCUCAUAAGAAGAAGAAACAAAAGACAAGUGAUGGUGAUCAAAUAGCCUCUUUGUACCAUAAUAUCAUCUCAACCAACACAACCCAGAAACCCACACCACUUGAGCAAACAACAUAUUGUCCUGACUGCGAUUUAGAUAUCCUUACAUCUGAUUAUCAGCGCCAUUUAGCUGGUACAGCACAUAUGGUGAGUAAACCCACGACUGUGGAGACACCUGAUUUGCUUGAACUGAAUGGUAAAAACAUUGGCUUUAAAAUGAUGGUCUCGCAAGGAUGGAAAUAUGAAGGUGGAUUAGGACCUCAACAAGAAGGCAAAAGACAUCCUAUUGCUACUACACUCAAACAAGAUAGAUUGGGUAUUGGUCAUCAAGAUACAGCCAAGAAAGCCAUCACUCACCGAUACCGAGAGAUCGAAAAGAAAGCCAUUGAACGUCAGCGUCGUGCAAGAGAGCAACAAAAGAACCCUGGAAAAGAAAUAGCCCUUCAAGCAAAACGAGAGUCACAGCAACGUACUGCUUUACUUCAUUAUCUAAACAGUUAA